AAGUAGCCUGGGGACAGGACAGCAGCAGGGCAGAGGGACAGGCACGGAGGACAGAGGUCCCCACCUGCUCAAAAUGCCCAUCCUGAAGAGUCUUGGGAUGGCAGACUCUAAGGUGCCCCGGGCAGGGACCCUGCCCAUGAGGUCCUCUCGGAACCCCUUUGAAGAAGUUUCAGGGCUAGAAGAAGAAGAGACUGGAGAGUUGGGGACCCUGCCCAAUGGGACAUCUUGCCGCCGCCGCGCCACCUUGGAGAAGCUGGCAGGCCUGGCCCCCUUCCGUCUGGGCUGGGCUCCAGGCCGGCGAGCAGGCAGCCCUGGGGAUGGGCAGCCCCGCUCCUUCCUGGGCCGCAUGCUGCCACCAGGGAUACGCAGGAGCUCAGCAGAUUUUGGCCUCCUGUCCCGGCUUCAGGGGACCCGAGCCCAUGGUGCUGAGGAGGUGGCCAGGGAGGCAGCCCAGAGGCUGGCCUUCCUGAGACUGGGGCGUGGGCCCAAGCCCCGGCGUGCGUCCUUGGCUGAGAGAGUGGUGCCUGCAGGUGAGGCAGCUCCUGAACCCCCACCCAAGGUCCCGGAGCCCCCAAAGAUGAAGGAGCCCUUGUCAGUGCUGGAGAUCCUGAGCUUGAUCCAGCAGCGGGAGCUCGCGCGAGCGGACGAGCACAUCCUGGAGCUGGAGGCUGAGGAGCUGGCGUCGUCUGGGGGCACCCCGGGGCCGCCCAAGGCCGAGGGCACGGGCGGGGGCCGCCGGGCGCGGGACGUGGCGCUGCUGUAUGAGGCCCUGCAGCGUGAGCUGUGGGCGCUGGUGCGCGAGACGCUGGCGGGCCCCGGACCCGGCGCGGGCGCAGGGGCGGGAGCCGUGGCGCAGCUGGGCCAGGUGCUGGUGCAGGAGGAGGCGGCCGACGGGCGCCGGGGCCCCGGGGCGGCCCGCAAGCUGCGCUCCCGCUGGGCCGAGGCCGUGGCGCGCGCGGCGCGGGAGCGCCUGGAGGCUGCGGCGCCCGGGGCCCCCGGGGGCCUGGCGGGGCAGCUGGAGGCGCUGCGGGCGCGGCUGCUGGAGGACAUGGCCGUGGUGCGGGGCCGCCUGGCGCCCGCCUAUCCCGCUGGCCUGGGCGCCUUUGGCGUCUACCUACGCGGCUACCACGGCGCCCUGGCGGAGUGGCUGGGGGCCUCGGCCCGCCGCAGGCUGCCGCUGGCCGACCGCUACGCGCUGCUGCACUGGCACAACCAGGUGUACCCCAGGUGA